AGAUUGCUGUUGACUUGGGAUUGUGAUUGCCUAUAGGAUUUCAAGCUUUUCUUGUUCUGGAGCCUGGUGGAAGUGCUAAACAUAAAAAUAAAAUGGCUAUAAUUAACAACAAAUUUGGCUAUUCCUUAUUAUGGUAUCCUGUUUAUCAGUAUUCUGACAAUACUAGAGGUUGUAGAACUUGCUGCUUCCAAACAGCCCCUGUGUUUGAAAAUAGUAGGUUUUGGCUGAAGAGAGGAAUGGUAAACAAACCAUUCGCUAAAAGACACUACUCGAAGAGAGUUCAAUUGAUAUUUUGCAGGCUCUAUUCGACUUCUUCGCCUCGUGCACCUUUGCCUUCAACGAAGCAAACAAGAGAGAUAUCUUAUGAUGAUAGCUCAAGCCAAGGUGAAGAAGCUGCUGUAGAAAGUGAGGAGAUUAUCUCCCAAUCACAAGUUUCAGAAAGAUAUAGAUCAAAAACUAUGAGACAGAGUCGACAAGAUCAUCUAUCAACAGUGUAUUUGGCACAGAAAGAGUAUAGUCGGUUUGAAGAAAGGCCUGACACAGAGUUUACUGACAUUUUCAAAGAACUUCGCAGUUGGCUGGUUGAGGGUCCUGAUACUGCUUUCAAGUUUUCAUUGGCUAGUGCUGUUUUAGUCUUUGUAAUGUCCGUUCUUCUUCAAAAAAUGUUGCCUCAUAGCUCGCAUGACCUGAUUGGAUUAGAAACUAUGGAUUCUAUGUUUCCUUCUAGACAAAUUACGGAACACUUGAGUAUUUGGGAACAACUAUCAAGAGUUUUUCGUGGUCCCUAUAUUUUGGUUUCACUUACUAUGGGCUUUGCUUCAUUUACUCAAGCAUUUGCAGGCUUUGGGUUUGCUGUAGUAGCUAUUGGUAUACUGUCACAGUUUGGUUGGAUAGUUAAUUCCAACGUAUUUCAAGAUAUACAGCCCAUUGCCGCAGUUAUAGGUUCCUUAAUUGGUUGGACUUUAGUUGGUUCUCAAUGGAACAAAGUUCAAUGGAAAGAAAUCAUGCCAUUGUUGAUUUCUUGUAUGAUUAGCACACCAUUAGGAGCUUGGGGUCUGCAAUAUGUUAAUCAUAGUGUUUCCUUGCACAUUUUGGGUUCUCUCAUAUUUGGUUUUGUGAGUUAUUCCUUUUCUGGUUUACGACCUCCUAGAAAAUGGUUUGCGAAUAAGUUUGCUGCCUGGACGUUGGGUGGUUUAGCUGGAAUUUUUGGUGGAGCAUUUGAUAUCAACGGACCUCCGCUUGUGUUUUACGAGAAAUAUCCUAACGGUGAUAUCAUUAAAUUCAUCAUUUGUGGUGCUGUUUGAUAUUCUAUGUGGCCGUUUGAAUGAUUACUAUAUAGGACCAUUCCUGCUAUAUUCCUUACCAU